AUGUCUCCAAGCUUCGGCCUCCUGGAUCUACCAGAUUCUGUGGGUGGGGAUGUAAUGAUGAACACAACGAGCACCACCCAACAAACUACAUUAACGUCAGCAGCAGCAGCAGCAGAUGAUGACUUGAGCGACCUCACAAACCUCGUCAUGGAAACAAUCGAGCUGGUCAUCAACUGUUUCCUCAUACACAUCAUCGCCGGGAUCGGCAGCGCCUGCAACAUCAUCACUGUCAUUGUGCUGGUCAAGACCAGGGGCUCGGACAGUAACACGACCAUCCUCUUGUCCCUCGCUCUCUGCGAUCUGGCUUUUCUCCUCACCCUCACGGUCCGGAAAAUGGACUGCAUUAUAGCCCGGUUCGACCCGGUCGCAGGACUCAACCACCAGGCCUACAUGACCGCCUACGUCAUCGUUACGUCACGGCUCGUCAUGUUCAUCUCGUCCGGCCACAUUAUCGUCAUCGCCGUCGAGCGUUUCGUCGCCGUUAUCUUCCCGUUCAAGGCCAAGAUUCUCUUCUCUCGUCGUCGCGUGAUGAUUAUGCUGCUCAGUCUGUAUGUAGUGAUGGCGGCGACGGCGACUCCAUACCUCGGCUACAGCGGCGUUGUCUGGUCGUUCAACCCCGCCUUCAACACAACCGUGUCUUCGGUGCAGUUCGCGAGGUACUACUUGGAGAUGUACGAGGGCCUGACCAACUUUAACAUACUAGUAAUGGGCAUUCUACGCGGCCCCGUCUCCUUCACAGCGGUCAUCGCUUGCUGUGCCGUCAUCGUUCAUCGUCUACGACAGGUCAGCAAACAGCGGGAGACAAUGUCUAGCUCCUCCAGCCAGCAGCAAGUGAAUGUCAAGGUCACUCGUAUGCUGUUAGCGCUUUGCGCUGUCUACGUCAUUACGAACCUAGCCACUGUUUCAUUGGCGGUGUACACUUUCGUGACCAGCUCCAACCUUCUUGGUCCAACGUUGUACUUCAUGGUGAACAUGGAAGAAAUGCUGUUUGCUCUCAACUCCAGCGCCAAUUUUUUCAUUUAUAUUUUCAUGUCCUCUAAGUUCUACAAAACAUGCCGGUCGCUGUUCUGCGUGAGUGCUCAGCCUGAGACGUAA